CGUACAAGAUAGAUACAACUGAAAAUUUAUCCACAUAUCCUCAGCCUCACAAACCUAUAGACUGUCGGAAACCAUGCCUACCUCCGAAGCUCAAGAAGUAUACUUACAGUCGAAUACGGAGUUGUAGUCCCACUCCCUAUUCCCUAAACACUUCGUCCAUGGCGUCCGUACUCGGAAGUUGCUCGACAGCAGCAACUGUGGCCCCUCGACAUCUCUCAUCUCGCACUUCCAGGACUUCAAUUCCCUCUCUCUCCAUAUGCCCAGGGAAGAGUUUUGGGAGGAAGUUUUAUGGAGGGAUUGGGGUUCAUGGAAAGAAAAGGUCUCAAUUCCAAGUGACCAAUGUUGCUACUGAAAUCAGCCCUUCUGAGCAGGCACAGAGAGUUGCUGCUAAGGAAAACCAGAGGCCAGUAUAUCCAUUUGCCGCUAUUGUAGGACAAGACGAGAUGAAACUGUGUCUUCUGCUCAAUGUGAUUGAUCCCAAGAUUGGUGGUGUCAUGAUCAUGGGAGAUAGGGGAACUGGAAAAUCCACAACCGUUAGGUCUUUGGUCGAUUUGCUUCCUGAAAUUAAGGUAGUUUCUGGUGACCCAUACAACUCAGACCCAGAAGAUCCGGAGUCCAUGGGUGUGGAAGUUAGAGAGAGCAUUGUGAAGGGGGAGCAGCUUCCUGUUAUCAAGACUAAGAUCAACAUGGUUGAUUUACCCUUGGGUGCUACAGAAGAUAGAGUCUGCGGGACAAUUGACAUUGAGAAAGCUCUCACUGAGGGGGUCAAGGCAUUUGAGCCUGGCCUUCUUGCAAAAGCUAAUAGAGGAAUUCUGUAUGUGGACGAAGUUAAUCUUUUGGAUGAUCAUUUAGUGGAUGUUUUAUUGGAUUCUGCUGCAUCGGGAUGGAACACGGUGGAGAGAGAGGGUAUUUCAAUUUCACAUCCUGCCCGGUUUAUUUUAAUUGGCUCAGGCAAUCCAGAAGAAGGAGAGCUCAGGCCACAGUUGCUUGACCGUUUUGGAAUGCACGCACAGGUUGGGACUGUGAGGGAUGCAGAGCUCAGAGUGAAGAUUGUGGAGGAGAGGGCUCGGUUUGACAAAAACCCUAAAGAAUUUCGGGUUUCUUACGAAGCUGAGCAAGAAAAGCUUCAGGAACAAAUCGGCUCAGCUAGAAGUUAUCUUCCAUCUGUUCAGAUUGAUCAGGACCUCAAGGUGAAAAUCUCCAAGGUUUGCGCAGAGUUGAAUGUCGAUGGAUUGAGAGGAGACAUAGUGACUAACAGAGCUGCAAAAGCCUUGGCUGCUCUAAAGGGAAGUGAUAAGGUGUCUCCAGAGGAUAUUGCCACUGUCAUCCCUAACUGCUUAAGACAUCGUCUUCGGAAGGAUCCUUUAGAGUCGAUCGACUCCGGUUUACUUGUCAUGGAGAAGUUCUAUGAGGUGUUUAGCUGAAGGAGACACUGAAAGGCCCCUUACUUUUUUAAUUUUGUUGGCAAGAUUGUUUUUGUUUAAAUUCUUUUCCGGGUUUUAACCCAUCCCGCUUUUACACAAGCACAUUUAGGUUUCACCAUCAAUAUGUUCCGACUACUGUGUUAUAUUAUGGUCUAUUUUUUCAAGAAGCAUGAAGCUCAGUUGAACUA